UGUUUUAUGUUAGGGAGAGAGAAUGAUGGUGAAUUUCGCGGAAAUGCAAUUCACUGGUAUUACUUGGUGGUUUACUGGACAGCGUGCCGAGAUCCGUUCAACCGCAUUUUAACAUAGUUGUUCCAUCCUUCCGAUGUUGAACCGGGCGUUGGACACGCUAAUGUGUGUGUAAGAGAGAGGGAGCUGUGUGGACAGAGAGAGAAAGAGAGAGAGAGAGCGAGCGAGCAGUCCAGGUUGGCGCAGGCACCGGUCCCGGAGAACGGAGCGUUGUGCACGGUGGCAGCAUGGCUUCGUCUCACGGGAGAAGCGACCUGCGCUUCGCAGACUGGAUGGCAAGUUUACCGCAGAGCAUGCACACCGUCCCGCUCGCCAACAUGGCUAUUCCCGGUUCUCACGACUCCUUCAGUUUCUACAUUGAUGAGGCAUCCCCAGUGGGCCCCGAACAGCCAGAGACAGUGCAGAACUUUGUGUCUGUUUUCGGUACUGUAGCCAAGAAGCUAAUGAGAAAGUGGUUGGCCACGCAGACUAUGAACUUCACUAGCCAGCUGGAGGCCGGGAUCCGUUUCUUUGACCUGCGCAUCUCCACCAAGCCCCGUGACCCCGACAACGAGCUGUACUUCGCCCACGGGCUCUUCAGUGCCACGGUCCGUGAGGGUUUAGAGCAGAUCAGCAGCUUCCUAUCAGCACACGCCAAAGAAGUCGUUUUCCUGGAUUUCAACCACUUCUAUGGUGUACAAAACCUGCACCACGAAAAGCUGGUGGCCAUGCUGAAAGAAGUUUUUGGAGAAAAACUCUGCCCAGUGGUUUUUGCUCAAGAGGUGACUCUGAAGUAUCUUUGGGAGAAGGAGUACCAGGUGCUUGUCUUCUACCACCACCCCAUGGCCCUGGAGGUACCCUUCCUGUGGCCUGGCCAGAUGAUGCCUGCUCCAUGGGCCAACACCACCGACCCAGAGAAGCUCGUUCAGUUUCUCCAGGCAUCUGUAACUGACCGCAGGAGGAAGGGGACGUUCUUCGUCUCCCAGGUGGUUCUAACACCGAAGGCAAGUACUGUGAUGAAGGGCGUGGCCAGCGGACUGAGGGAGACGAUAACGGAAAGGGCGUUACCAGGCAUGAUGCAGUGGAUCAGAUCUCAAAGACCCGGGGAGAAUGGCAUCAACAUUAUUACAGCCGAUUUUGUUGAGCUCGGUGAAUUCAUCAGCGCCGUCAUCAGCCUCAACUAUCAUCACCUGAAUGAAGACGAAGAUGAUGAUGCAACCUGAGAGCCCACGUUGGGACAUCAGAGAGCGCAGUUGCCACCACCAGAUAACGGGUGUUCUGGGCUCUGCUUUCUAUCUACACUCUUUGGCAUUUAUUUCAGGAGGGAAGCGAUGUUGCAGCUCCUUUCUCUUUAUUUAGGGCUAUAGUGGACUGAGAGAUCAGGGAGGAUGGAGAAGAGACCAAGAUUAGGUUGGUGAAAAAAUACACUGAUGUUUGGUUGGAGCACCAUGAGAGUGAGGUUGAUUUCCUACUUUUGGGAUCACGACCUUUUUUGUUUACAUAUUUAGUGGUGAUUUAAGUUAGUCCGUUGGCUGUAAAAAUGUCUGCUUUUACCACAAAUAUGCCAUUUUCAGGCUCACAACUCCGUCUAACGCAGGUUUUCAUAGCACUAUUACCUUCAAUUGACUUUCCUUUUACAUCCGUCUUGACAUUCUAGUGAUAAUAACAGUUUUUCCAGAGGGUGUUUUAAAUAAAUAUAUGUAACUGAAAUCGUUGGCUCGUAAAUUGUAGCUAGCUCUUGUGUGUCCCGUUUGAAAAAUCAGUCCAAGUGCAGUCUUUUAGUUUAUUUUUCAGACAAUAUGCAUCCCCUUUCAUGUCACUGCAGGUGUUUUUCAAACAUUCCUCUGGACGUUUGG